AUGUCUACAAGGUCUGCUGUUCCAUUUUCUAGGGAUGCAUUAGAGCAGGUCUUAAAAAGAAGAUUCUUUUUUGCACCAGCUUUUGAUAUAUACGGUGGUGUAUCUGGAUUAUAUGAUUAUGGUCCACCAGGAUGUGCUUUGCAAGCAAAUAUAGUUGAUACAUGGAGGAAACAUUUUAUUUUGGAAGAAGACAUGUUAGAGGUAGACUGCACAAUGCUUACUCCACACGAGGUCUUAAAGACAUCGGGCCAUGUUGAUAAGUUUGCGGAUUGGAUGUGCAGGGACUUGAAAACGGGUGAAAUAUUUAGAGCUGAUCACUUGGUGGAAGAGGUAUUGGAGUCGAGGUUAAAAGGAGACAAGGCAGCAAGAGGUCAGUCAGUCGAGGAAAAAGAGGAUGAAGAAAAGAAGAAGAGAAAAAAAAAGGUUAAGGAGAUAAAAACUGUUAAGUUGGAUGAUGUAGUCGUUAAGGAGUAUGAAAAUAUUUUAGCACAAAUUGAUGGUUUCUCAGGGCCACAAUUAGGAGAAUUGAUGAAAAAAUAUGAUAUCACUAAUCCAGCAACUGGGGGUCCUUUGGAACCACCCGUGGAGUUUAAUUUGAUGUUUGAGACUGCUAUUGGGCCUUCCGGUCAAUUAAAGGGAUACUUGAGGCCAGAGACUGCUCAGGGCCAGUUUCUCAAUUUUUCUAAGUUGUUGGACUUCAACAACGAGAAAAUGCCAUUCGCCUCCGCUUCAAUCGGUAAAUCAUUUAGGAAUGAAAUUUCUCCCAGAGCUGGCUUAUUAAGAGUACGUGAGUUCUUGAUGGCUGAAAUUGAGCACUACGUUGAUCCUGAAGACAAGACACACUCUAAAUUCGACGAUAUUAAGGACAUCAAGUUGAAAUUCUUACCUAAAAACGUUCAAGAAUCGGGUUCUAACGAAUUGGUUGAAAUGACAGUGGGUGAAGCUGUUAGAACGGGAAUGGUCGACAAUGAAACUUUAGGUUACUUUAUCGCUAGGAUUUACUUAUUCCUUGUAAAAAUCGGUGUGGAUUCGAACAGAUUGAGGUUCAGGCAACAUUUGGCAAACGAAAUGGCACAUUAUGCUGCUGACUGUUGGGAUGCCGAAUUGCAAACAUCAUAUGGUUGGAUUGAAUGUGUCGGUUGUGCCGACAGAUCCGCUUAUGACUUGUCUGUCCAUUCUGCUAAAACUAAUGAAAAAUUAGUUGUUAGGCAGGCUUUGGAUGAACCCAGGACAGUAGAGAAGUAUGAGGUCAACAUUGCUAAAAAGAAAUUUGGCCCAAGGUUCAGAAAGGAUGCUGGCGCCGUCGAGAAAUGGUUAUUAAGCAGAACUCAAUGCGAAUUAGAAGAUUUAGCCUCCGAGUUGAACAAUAAAGGAAAAAUAGCGUUCAAAGUCGAAUCAAUGACAGAAAAGGUUGAGUUGGAUACUGAGUUUGUGACUAUCGAAAAGGUCAAAAGAACGGAACACAUACGCGAAUUCACACCUAAUGUGAUUGAACCAUCUUUUGGUAUUGGGCGUAUACUCUAUUCCAUUUUCGAACAUCAGUUUUGGUCAAGACCAGAAGACAAAGAUAGAUCAGUCUUAUCUCUUCCACCUCUUGUCGCUCCAACGAAGGUAUUGUUAGUUCCAUUAUCCUCUAAUGCAGAAUUGCAGCCAAUUGUUAAGAAAGUUUCUUCCUUAUUAAGAAAAGAACAAAUUCCUUUUAAAGUGGAUGACUCUUCCGCUUCUAUUGGUAAAAGGUAUUCUAGAAAUGAUGAACUAGGAACACCAUUUGGUAUCACCAUCGAUUUUGAUUCUAUUAAUGAUCAUUCUGUCACUUUGAGAGAGAGAGACUCUACAAAGCAAGUGCGUGGGUCUGUUGAUGAAGUUAUCAAAUCUAUUAAGCUCCUUAUCGGCGACACCGUUACAUGGUCUGAAGGAACUUCAAGCCUCACUCCAUUCGAGUCUCAAAGUUCAUGA